AUGGCGGACGCUUUGGCAACAUUGGCUUCCAUGAUUAAAGCAAAUAAACAAGAGGAUAUGAAACCAAUUCAGAUGAGCAUUUUGAAGGUUCCAGCUCAUUGCUGUAACAUUGAAGAAGAGGAAAAGGAUGACCAUCCGUGGUAUCAGGAUAUAUUACGGUAUGCGAGAAAUCGUGAAUAUUCUGAGAAGGCAACUGAAAACGACAAAAGGACUUUAAGGAGGUUAGCUUGUGAAUAUGUGCUAGAUGGGGAUAUCCUUUAUAAAAGAAGGAAAGAUCAGGUACUUUUGAGAUGCGUUGACGCUAUAGAAGCUAAACAAAUCCUGGAAGAAGUACAUAAAGGAGUUUGUGGUACACAUGCUAAUGGCUUUAAGAUGAGACAGCUUCUUAUGCUAGCGUCACUAAGUCAGCAGUAG